AUGCCUCGUCUCAAUGAUGUGGACGUGCCCAUGCUUCAAGCGGCGGAGGCCGUGUUCCUGAUGCAGGGCGAGCGGCCCCUGGGGUCAAGCAAGCUUGGUGGGACGGAGGCGGAGACCAAGUCGUACCUGCCUGCCCGGCCUGGACUGUUCUUCAACUGCAUGUUCCCGCUAGAAGGCCCGAUACGCGUCAACCGCCCCGAGAACGGACACAGAACGAUCCUGGCAGAUGUCGACCUCCACGUCCUUUUUGCAAACUGCGAGGUUGCGCUUGAGCUGCUCACCCGUCUGUCGUCUCAGCCCUGGUGCUCGAUAACUGGGAAGGAGUCCCGCUUCCUCCGUCUCCUGAUGACCACUGACAUCCCCGCUGUGGAUCUUGCACGUUCGCUGCGUUUCCUCCGGACCGAUCCCCAGACAUCGAUUGCAGUAUUCCACGACGUCGCAUGCGCAGCUCCGCGCGCGGACAACAUGCCAUCUUUCUUGUCCGAUGCUGCUUUGGCCCGAUAUCUCGUCGUCGGUGACGAAUUGAAGCGCAAAGACAACAUGCGCAUGUUCUUGGACGCUUGCAAUGAGCACCACGACCCCUCACCAUAUGCUCGUAUUGAGCCGCAGUUCUCUGAGAGCGACUACGUGGUUGACUUCCAAGACUGCGUGCAGGACGAGGAGGACGUGAAGAUCGAGAGGUUUGUGGUCGACUCCAAAGCUGGGAAGCGGCUGUACCCGCUGCACCGCGAGGCUGUGCUGGAGAACUUGGACCGGUGCCGCUGGUUCACCUGGGGAAAGCAGGAUCAUCUCAUUUUCCAUGACAAGCCCAGAAAGUUGAACGAGGACAAGGAAAAGAUUUGGAAUGGGCACUCAUCACCGCGCAACGUACAUAGUUAA